AAUGCAUAGAAAAGUAAUUGCUAGUAUUUAAAGAAGUUAAAAGAAUCCAAUCCAAGAGUGAAAUUAACACAUCUCAAUAAGACAAACAUUGUUGACGUUUGGGCACACAAUUUUUAAGCGGAAAUUGCAGAAAUCGCAGAUUUAAUAGAAGAAUUUAAUGUCAUAUCUUUAGUAAUGAUUUUAGUGAUGUUAGGACACAGAAUUUCCAGGAACAGAAUAUGAUUAACCAGAAAGUGAUGACAAGGUUACUGUGAUAUUGCAUUAUAUUAGGAUUAUGAAUAUUUGUAAUUAGUCAGAAAUGUCCAAAAAUAUAAACUUAUUCAACUAGGAAUUAGCUUAGCAAAUGAAGCUGGAGAGGUACCUUUAGCAAAAAAUACAUGGCAAUUCCAUUUCAAAUUUAAUGCUCAGUACCAUUUAUUUAAAUACUUUUAGAUAUGACUAGCUCAUGAGUUCUGUCAAAAACAUGUUAGAAUAGGCGGGAAUUAAAUUUGAUGAUCUAGCGUCAAAAGGAAUUGAUUAUUCAGAAUUUUGCGAAGUAGUUACAGGCAGUGGUAUUAAUAAUUGCAUAUUAAAUAGGAUUAAUUUUAAAUGAUGAAAUUAAAUAUGUAGUAUUCCAUGGUGAAUUUGAUUUUGGAUAUCUAUUGCAUCUAUUCCAUCACUCUGGUAUUCCCGACACUUAAGAUGAAUUCUAUAAGAUGAUGAAACUAUAUUUCCCAUCAAUCUACGAUUUAAAAUACAUACUCAAAGACAACCCCAAAUAUAAGGAUGCAGGUCUAAGCAGAUUAGCAACUAAAGUCGAAGUUACACGUAUAGGACCUGAACAUUAAGCCGGAUCUGAUGCCUUGUUAACAUUGUAAUGUUAUUAUCAAAUGAAAUUUUGCUUUCCAGAUUUGCAAAGCGAUUUCGAAAAGAACAUGAAUGUCAUUUAUGGAAUUGGCAAAGGUUAUAUUCCUAAUAAGUAUUCAAUUUCUAAUUCUUAGUCGUCGUAAGACUUUUGCAUCUACAACUUAAACUCCGGAUCCCACAUUACAAGUGUAACAAUUAGAUUAGGCAUAUUAUUAUACUCAAAAUUUUUACAAUGACGAACAACAAUAUUAUUAAUACAAUUAAUAAUAUCUGAAUUACAAUUAUUAUGGUUAAUACCAAAUGCUAGACACUGAUUAAUAAAAGAGGAAGAGUGGUUAUUGA